GUAUAAUAUAAUUUUUUUUUUUUUUUUUUGGUUGAGGUGGUGUUCUGUUUUGAAGUAUAUUGAUAAUUGGGUGUGCUUAUAUUGUGUUAAAGAUUGAUGGGUUGGUGUUAGUUUAGUGGAAUUUGAUGUGGGGUAUACUGUUUCACUUUAGCUUGUCUUGAAGGAAAAACAAAUGUAGAAACUUUGGUCUUUUUGGGGUGUUGGAAUUGAGUUGUGUUUGUUGAAUUCUUUGUUUUGAGUUUGUGGUUUUUCACUUUCUAUGGAUGGUUAUUCACAUUCUUGAAAUAGUUGUGAAGAAGUAAAAUUUGAUGGGCACCCAAGAGUGUGGUUAAUGAAGUGGGAUGAGAAUUGUGAGGUCUCAGGUUCAAAUCUAAGCGGAGACAAAAGCACUAGGUGCAUUCUUUUCAUCUGUCUAAGCCUUGGUGCACAGAGUUACCCGGUACAUGUGCUGGUGAGUGGUAGCAGGUACCCGUGGUUGAUGAAAUUCUUGCUUGGCGGGAGGCUAAUGUUUGGACCAGAUGCUAAGUCAUUGAUUAUUACCUUCACGCUCAUCCUUGUCCCUGUUGUUCUGUUUUGUGUAUUUGUGGCAAGAAAUCUUGUGCAUGAACUCCAAACAGAAAGUGCAGGAUAUGCAAUUUUGGUGAUAGCUAUUGUCUUCACAAUUUAUGUCUUUACACUUCUGGCCUCAACAUCAGCAAAGGAUCCUGGCAUUGUCCCUCGUAAUUCUCAUCCUCCAGAUGAAGUUCAAGGGUAUGAUUCUUCAGCUUCCGUUGAAGCUGGCAAUGGACCUUUGCCUCAAGAAGUCCUUGUGAAUGGUUUGCCUGUACAAUUGAAAUAUUGUAAAACGUGCAUGUUGUACCGUCCACCAAGAUGCUCUCAUUGCUCGGUAUGUGAUAAUUGUGUGGAGCGAUUUGAUCACCAUUGCCCUUGGGUGGGUCAAUGCAUUGGGAAGCGGAACUAUCGUUGCUUCUUUCUCCUUGUUUCUUCAACGGCCCUCCUUUGUGUUUUCGUCUUUUCCAUAUCAGCUUUGUAUCUGAAACUUCUUAUGGAUGAUUCUGGAACUAUUUUGAAAGCUAUCAAAGAAUCACCAGUAUCUGUGGCGUUGAUGGCCUAUUGUUUUAUUGCACUGUGGUUUGUUGGAGGUCUAACUGGCUUCCAUUUGUAUCUCAUAGGUACAAAUCAGACCACAUAUGAGAACUGCCGUUACAAGGAAGACAGCAGGGUCCGUGUAUAUAAUCGGGGAUGCAUAACAAAUUUUCUUCAACUAUUCUGCUCAAGCAUAGAACCUUCCAAAAUCAAUUUCCGUGGAUAUGUACAGGAAGAGGCAUCAAAGCCUCCCAAGAGGAGUGACAUUCAAGAAAAAGAUAUAAAUAUCUCUGAUGGGGAUACAAGAAUUAAGGUGGAAGACGAUCUUGAUAUUGGAGAUGAUAUUAUAAAGAUAUCCCAGCGACGUAACUCUGAGGAAGUUGGAGAUGUUAGAGGUAGAGGAAGUGACAGGUCGCCAAUUGGUCGUUCAGAGGUUGAUUUUGGAUUUGGUCUCGAGUCUCAGUUUUCCUCCAGACCCUCAUACUAGCUUGAACAGAAAAAGUGAAAGAAACCAAAUUCAAUAUCACCUUUUUAUUUUUUCCCCGGUACAUUCCUAUUCCUCCUGCUGGCAUUAUUUGGAGCACUCAGAAGGAGGUUCAACUGAUCAUUUAUUGAGGUUUAAAAUGUAAACGUAACUUAUCGCUAGCUAUGAACGUGACUGGUGUCUCUUUCUCGGGCUGCUCGGGCUCUUCCGGCUCGUGAGGGGAUGAGAUGACAUCUUUGUUGGAUAGUAUAGAUAGUUAGUUCACAAGUGUAUUGCUGGUUUUAAGUAUUUAUUGGAAGAACUGUAGCUAUAUUACCAAAGGCUGUUUGGAUUCUUUACUUUGUAUGUGUCUCCUCUGGAAUAUUUUAACAACGUGUACAUCUUUUCUUGUGGUUUGAGGUGCUUUUGAGCAAAUUAAAUACUGGCUGUGAUUCAGAUAAACGUUGCUGUGAAAAGACUAUUUCUUUGCAUUUAAUACAAAAGCAGCAGUUGAGUUUGUUCAUGA